GAGGCAAAGGCAGCCCCAGAGAGUGUUGAAGUUGAAUUCGGCCAAUCCCACCAUCCUGUUCACUGCUUGAGCUCAAAACCCAGAAGUCAAAAUGUGCAAGGGAUUAGCAGCCCUGCCCCACUCCUGCCUGGAAAGGGCCAAGGAGAUCAAGACUAAGUUGGGCACUCUUCUGCAGAAGCCUGAUACGACCAUUGAUUUUAUCAUACCAUAUCCUGAUAAGCCGGAAAAGCCUGUGAAAACCCAAAAGCCAUCACCAGAAGAGGCUCUGCAGUGGCGUGAUUCCCUGGAGAAGCUUCUACAGAACAACUAUGGACUUGCCAGCUUCAAGAGUUUCCUGAAAUCUGAGUUCAGUGAGGAAAACAUUGAGUUCUGGAUUGCCUGUGAGGAUUAUAAGAAAAUCAAAUCACCCAUCAAGAUGGUUGAGAAGGCAAAGAAAAUUUAUGAAGAGUUCAUCCAAACUGAGGCUCCUAAAGAGGUGAAUAUUGACCAUUUCACUAAGGCUGUGACCAUGAAGAACCUGGUGGAACCUUCACCCAGUAGCUUUGACAUGGCUCAAAAGAGGAUCCAUGCUCUGAUGGAGAAGGAUUCCCUGCCACGAUUCAUCCGGUCGGAGUUUUAUCAGGAACUGAUCAAGUAGCAAUGUUAAAGGCAUCUUGGGAGUCCUUCCUCUACCCCUUCAAGGCAAUCUAUUUCUUUCCAGUAACCUACAAAGUUAUGCAUGAAAACCCUAUCCUGAAGAUUACCUAAUCCAAAAUUAUCCCAGAUGGUGUUGCUGAGAUCUUUUCCUCCGCUUUGUUUUGGAUACACUCAAGCUUGACUACUAUUCUCUCUUUCACAAAGUUAUAAAACCUCAGAAUCUCCAAAUUGGAAGGUGCCCACAGAGACCAUCUAGUCCAGGGAAGCUAUAUGAGAAUCUUUUUCAUUACAUUAUUGAGGGUAGUCAUUCAGCCUCUUCUUGUUGUAUGGAUAGGAUAUAGAGCCUCCUUGUUCACUCAGAUCAGUCACCACAGUGUACUUAAAAGUUUCCCAGGUCAGAGUUAAAGCAAGGGGAGAUGAAGAGAAUCAACCGUAGUGAAGGAUAUGGGGAAAUCCAGUUCAUAUAAUGCAACUAUAUGAUGAUAAUCUGGGCCCAGCAACAGCACUAAUUCUAUAAAUUCUAUAAGGGAUAGUCAAAUAGAUUUUUGUUGUUAUCAUGAUUCAAAGGGAAUGAGAAUGUCAAAGUGAGUACCAUAACUUCAACUGUUGUUGAACCAUUAUGUCUUUCCUGUAAGAGUCAAAGAUUUGUGAAGAAUGGCCCAUUCUAUUUUCUGAAGCAGAUCUUAUUUAGGCUGUUUAAAGACAGUUUGGUGCAGUUGCUAGAGUCAGCCUUGGAAUCUCGUAGACCAGGUUUGAAAUCCUUCUUCUAAUACACACAGCAAAGUCACUUAAGUUUGCAGAGGACCUGAUAAAUCUCUUAGAUUACACACUACUGAAUAAGUUCUGAUCCAUAUUCAUAGAGAACAACUCCUAGAUAAAAUGAGAGGUUUGGAUUUUUUUUUAAAGAUAUUCUUUAAAAUUUUGGAUAUUCCUUUAGCAUCUUCAUGUAGACUGAAAGCUAAAAAUGCUGUUAUCAAUCAUUUAUGUGCAUAUAAAAACAUUUAACACAGUUCUGGAGACUUCUUACAAAGAAAACAUUAGCCCAUGCUGUACAAACAUCAUUCCAAUAGUGAUAGUGUGGUCUUUUUUUUUUUUUUUCAAUCUGGGGUCUUAUCUCAAAAGAUAAUUUUCCAAAUUGCUUUCUGUACCUCAGGAAGUUAAAAUUUCAACACCUAACACCUUAGUAAGGGAAUGACUGAGGCAGAAUGCAAAACCAACUUGUGAUCUAAUGAAAUGAGAAAUAGACUAGAUGGAGAGAAAUAGGAAGUGCUCUGUUUGUAAUAAUUAUUCCAUGGUCAAGUCCUUGGACUGCCCAGCCCUCAUUCUAACAAUGCCUGAGACCUUGAACAAAUCAGAACAAUGAUAAUAAUAUUUUAUUCUUUCAGAAAAAAAAUAAAAAUCCCUGGUAUUCCUUUCCUUCAGCUUCCCCCUACACACACACACACACACACACACACACACACACACACACACACUUUUUUCACAGGAUACUUAACCUCCCUUUGUUGAGCAACUAUUCUUUUGAAAAAAUUGAAAAGUAGGAAAGUAUCUAAAAACUAUAAAGUAUAUAGGUCUACUGAAAAUAUAUGCCUAUUACCCAAUAUUAUCAUGGUUAAUUACUAAUAAAUGACAUUAUUUUUGAACCACCCUCAUUUUUUAGCAAGGAGCAGGGAAGAAAGUAAGGGGGACAUACUUUGACUAUCCCUAGAGCUUGAGGGAGAUGUAGUAGUCAGUAUUUUCCAAAACAAUGUGCUCUUUUAGCAACCCAAUUUCUUUUCCCCAGUUUCUACUAUCAGCACUAGUGAAUUCAUAAUCACAGUAGUUAUUCAUGACCCCAAGAUGCCUCAUACAGCCCUUAACUCAUGGUACCAAGGUAUUUUGUGGUAUGUUUGUACUCAUAUCUAUUUUAGCAUGGUAAGUGAACUUGUUCUAUUUCUUUCCCUGUAGUAUAUGUAUCAAAAUAAUAUUUCUUUAAAUUGUUGUGACAUAGAAAUGAAUCUGGAUAUCUGAGCAUAUUUGAAUCAUAUCUUUAAACAAACUUGUCAAGGCAAUUGAGGUUUCAAUGAUGAAUUUCACUUGGAGGAGAAGGAUUCUGAUACUAGGAGGAAUAAAAUAUAUGUUGUGUUUAAAUCAGAAAGAAUUAAUUGUUUAGUUUCCAGCAAUCUAUUUUCCCUUUCCCAUUCCUUUUUCCCAUUUGUUUCUGUUAUUAUCAGUUCUCAAUUUCCAUAAGACUGUUACUCUUUUAUUCAGUUGUUUCUUAAAGAAAGUAGAAGAAUUGUCCUAACAUCACCCCUUGCUUUAAGAGAAAGCUAACCCUAACCCACACCCAGGCAGAAUUUUUACAGGAUACUUCCUCUCUCCUGCUGAAGCAUUGCUUCACAUUUAGCAAAUGUCAAGGUGGAGGGGAUGAGGUAGGUAGAAUAGACAAGUCAGUGCCCACAAUUUCCUUCAUGUCUGCUAUGAAUCUGUCAUCCUGGGUCAGAUAACAAUCAAUCUAUCACAGAGUGGAGAAUGACUCUAUGUCUAGUUAACUGUGUCUAUUCACCAACCUUCCCUUUCUCUGGUGCCAUAAUUUGUUCUUUUCCCCCACCACUCAGGCAAUCAGGAUCUUUAUUCAAUGGCUUUAAAAUUAGAAUUGCAAUAAGAAUGUGUUUUAAACAGUUACUUUGAGUGCCUUUGAGGGUGGUAUAGACCAGCCACAGGAAAAGAAAAGCCCAAUGUAGACUUAUUGACCCACAUUUUCCAGAGUAGUUAUCGACACAGACAAAAAAAUAAAUAAAACUAGUGGGAAAAUGUGACAACUUGUUGGAUUAUGUGGUUCAGACUUUCAUGAUGAGGGUCAGGGAGUGGGAACCUUCUUUGGCAAUCAGAAGUUUAAAACAUACUGAGAAGAUUUGAGACUGAUUUAAAUGGUGUCAAUAUGUGCACAAAAUGUAAAAAUAAUUCAGCUCCAAAUCCAUAUAAUAUACUAAAUAGCCUGAUAUUUGAACUUAUCUGGAACCUGACUUUUUAGUCUUUCUGCAUCUGUUUGGAGUCACACAUGAAGAACUUGAGAGUUCUUAGCAUAGUUGAAGGCUCAGGAUGAUGAAAUAAAAUUCAGGGAGAAGCUAAGAACUGUUUUCUCUAGAUUUUUUCCUGAGCUGGAGGAUGAGGCACUAAGAGUAUGUUUGUCUCCAAGUCUGUCAAGCCCACUAUUUUCAUUAGACACCCCCAAAUUAAUCGUAGCAAUGUUUUUAAAUGUCAACUAGACAUCUUUAUAAUAGAUUAAGUAACUGGAAAAGACCAUAAACAAAAAAAGCUGAAAUUCAAAGUGGGAAAAACAACUUUUAAAUCUCUGAAGAAAUUUAUCUGAGAACCUUUUUUAUUUAAGGAAUCAGACAAAAAGAAUAUUUACCAAAAAAAUCUCUGUUACAAGUGGUUUCCAUAGAAACAUGGCGAAAAUACUUUCUUUUUCUGGGGAACAGGAGGAAUUGGGAUAUUCAUUCCAGAAUUUUUUUUAAUGUGAUAGUUUUGCAUCUUUCCCCCUCUUUUCCCUUGAGCAAAUUGCCUGGGAAAGUAUGAGAAUUAAUAACAGGGGAGUAUUGUGAUGCUUCCAUUUUCCUUCCUUGUGAAAAUAUAAAUGUUGCUGUAAGUUGGCUUGGAUUGUGUGAGGUUGUGAAUGGUGGAGGAAACAAACAGGGUUCAACAAGAAAAAAGGAACAUGUUUCUUAUCCCAGGACACCUCCCCCAUCAAAAAAAAAAAAAAAAAAGAAAGAAAAGAAAAGAAAACUAGUCCAUGAAAUUAGGCUUUUUGCUGCCUGGA